AUGAAGUUCUUCGCCACUGCUCUGCUCUUCGCCGCCACCGCUGUGGCUCUCCCCUCCCCUGGCGACGAUGUCGACAGCGGUAGCACGGUUAAAUUCCCCGUCGAUCACGAGACCACCCUCAGCCAGGCUCAGGCCAAGUGCGGUUACGACGCCAAGGUCUCCUGCUGCAACAAGGCCACCUACACCCACGAUAUCACUACUGCCAACACAGGCCCUCUCGCCGGUGUUAUACAAACCGCCCUCGGAGGCGGUCCGGGUGGUGACGGUCUAGGUCUCUUCGGCCAAUGCAAUGACCUCAGUCUCAACGUUCCCGUCUUGAAUGUUGUCGGCGGCGGCGUUGACCAGCUCGUCAACCAGAAGUGCAAACAGAACAUUGCUUGCUGCCAGAAUAGCGGCUCCCAACCUAACGGAGACUUGAUUGGUGUUGCUAUUCCCUGCGUCGCUCUGGGCUCGCUCAUCUAA